GUGACGUUCACGGACUCGCAAAAAUACGUCCGCUAGCGCAACUAAAAGCUACUAAUUCCCCUUAGAAACGCCCAAGAUGCUUUCACUGAAAGCUUUUCUCAGCGAGAGACUGACAGCCGCGGCGGAGGAGAUAUUUGGAGCUGUUGAAAAGACAAUAGCCGAGUACAAAGAGGAGAUUUCUCGCUCAAAAGAUCUGGAAAUUGGCCGUCUCAGAAUGCAGCUGAAGCUUCUCAAGUCAGAGCCCCGGUUGGAUAGAUGCCUUGGAGCCCAGCUGCAGCAGCACGGCCAACACCACCAUCACCAUCCUCCUCCUCCUCCUCAGCAGCAGCACCAUCAGUCGGUCCCUGCAGCGGAGGCUCCCGAGUCCCAGCUCUGCGAAGAGGACGGCGUCAGCAGCUUGGAGCAGGACCAUCCUGAGCCCUCGCAGGUGAAGAAGGAGCAGCAGAGGAGCCACAGGGAUUUCUGGCUGGGUCACGACGCGGAGCAGCUGGAAGGCCUCGAAUCAGACAUCAAAGACUUCAUCUCAUCCCCUUCCAGCCUGAGAGGCAGUCUGCAGGACCCCACCUUGCCCUUCCACCCCAACCACCACCACCACAACAACGGCGAGGAGAGCAAAGAGAAGCCUUACUGCUGCUCCGUGUGCGAAAAGCGCUUCAGUAACUGCUCUCACCUCGCAGCUCACAUCAGGACACACACGGGAGAAAGGCCAUACCGAUGCGAAAUAUGCAGGAAGAGUUUUAUCACAACAAGCGCCCUGAACAGACAUCAGACGAUCCACACUGAGGGGAAACACUUUGUCUGUAAUUACUGUGGGAAAUCCUUCAAAUGGAUGGAGUCUCUUGGCAGACACAUGAGAAGUGUGCACAAGAGAGAGAAUAUGCCUGUAUGACUCCCUAAUGUCAAUGAUGUUGAUGUUGUUUCGAUAUGUUAGUCAUCUGUAAUUAAAGUAUAAAACACCCAAUAGCUGCGAACAAGGAAUGUAAUGUGUGUUUUUUGUGUCCUCUUGGGAAUUGUGGGCCUCACCAAGCCUCGUGUACAUAAACAGUAGCUGCGGUAAAUGAUGUGCAAAAGAUUUUAAAAAACACAUUUUAUAAAGAAAUCGUGGUAAAUGCAUUCUUCCAGAAUAAAAUGCUAAUA